AAUAUCAGCAUACAAAAAAUGAUUUAUCAGUUCACAUCUAUGUCAAACAUGUGUGGCUAACGGCUUAAGUCCAAAAAGGAUCUAAGUCCAAAAUACUGACUAGCCGUCUAGCUUGUCACUCCCCCUAGUUAACUGUGCCUCUAGUCUCACUUCCUGAAAUGAAAAAAUUCGGGCAACACAGGGCAGCAAUCAACUGGACUAAAUUCAGCAACUAAUGGUAAUUUGGACUUAGAUAGAGCUAUCACAUACCAGAAUUUAGCAAGAAAAAAUCGGAGCUGCAGUUUGGGGAAGGCCGGCGGGAAGUGCUGGGGGAAAUUUGGGAUCUACCAAAAAUUGGAGAAACCAACAGAAAUUAGAGUAAACCCAAGCCAAUUCAAAAAGGAAAAGAGGAAUUAAUGGCUGUUUCCCCUUACCAGAAACCGAAAAAAUCACACCCACACAAUGAAGAGCAUGGACGGAGAAGAACAGAGCAGAGCAGAUCCAGAAAUUCUCCUGUAGGGGGUAGAUUUCUAAGUCUAAAUCUUGUUCUUGAACAAGAAAAGAAAGGAAAAAUCAAGUUUUCCCUUUUUUUUUUUAGAGGGGGUGCUGUCAGGCUUGGGUCUCCUUGUUCAGUGCAGGGGAGAAGAAGAAGAGCAGAAUCGGGUAGUUGAGGAAGAAAGAAAGAAGAAAAAAAAUCAGCCAUCCUUAUCCAAUUUCUUUCCUCUUUUAAGUCCCUCAAAAUUUGAAAAUUUUGUAAUUAAGCUCAACAAUAUUAUUUUCUCACAAUUAGAAAUUUCCAGAUCUGCUCUGCUCUGUUCCUUCCGUCUGUUGCUCUUGCUUUGUGGGUGUGAUUUUUCUGGUUUUUGGUACGGGAAACAGCCACUAAUUCCUCUUUUCUCCUUUGAUUUGGCUUGGGUUUACUCUAAUUUCUCUUGGUUUCUCCCAAUUUUCGGUAGAUCCCCAAAAUUUUUCUGUACUCCCCGUCAGCUUCCCCCAACCUGCAGCUCCAGUUUGCUUGCUGAAAUUCUGAAAUUGUACCUGUUGUGGUGUAAAAUUUUGCUGCAUUUUCUGCAAAUCCACUGCUAUUUUUCUCUGCAGUUUGCUGCUGUUUUUACUAUUGUUUACUAGAAAUCCUGCUGUUUUUGCCAUAAAAUUUUACUGUUCACGCAGGAAAUGAUGUUGUUUUGUUGCUGCAUUUUUCUGCAAAAUUGCUGCUGUGUUUUCUGCAUCUGCUGCUGUUUUUUUCUGCAAAUUGUUGCGGCAUUUUUCUGCAUUUCCCUAGUUGUUUUCUGCACUGCUUUUAAGCCAGAAAAAAAUUCUGUAUUUUCUCCAAGAAAAUUUUGCAUUUUAC